CGGCAUCGAUCUUUGUUUAUGUUGUGUUGUUAUUUUGAAUAAAUACAAAUUGUGCCGCCAAUUUACCGUGUCAGUUGCCUAUUUCGGUUAAAUGAAUUAGCCCAACUAUUUUCUGGACAGGUGAACCGAAUUACACUUUCCUCGGAUGCCACGAUGGAUGCCAUAACGGAAUUUGAAAACCUGUUCGAUGCUUGUGACACGGCAAACUUGGGAAAAGUGCCGGUCUCUAAACUGAUAAUGGCUGUAACUAAUGAAGUCAAUGCCUUCAAUAACAAUGAUCAUCAGCAGCAUGAGAAAGAAGAACUACUGGACACAGUACGCUGUCUUCUGGAUCCAUCAGAUCAAGAUAUUCAAGUUGACAAAGCCACAUGGAUGGCAGCUUGGUACAAGCAAGCAGAAUCUCCUUCUCCUAAAAAAUCUAAAGUGUACAACAUAUCAGAUUUGGCAGGGGGUGAUGACUUAGGCAUAGGUGACGAAUUUCAAGGUCCCCUUGACGUGUCGAAGCAUUCCUACUGUUUCUCACCUGGCUCUCGCUCCUCUAGUUUAGAAGACUCUGAAGAGGUGGUACAACUCAAAGAGGAGAUCCAACAACUUCAGUGCUCCUUAAAAACUCAAAAACAGCAAUUACAGAAGCUAGAUGAUGCAUUAAACCAAGAACAAAUUGAAAAGCAAGAGCUGGAAAAAUUGAAGGAUGUUGAAGUAAACAAAAUGUCCAGACAAAUCAAAUCCCUUCUAGAAAGUAAUGAAUCACUGAAAUGCUCUCUUGAAGUUAGUGAGAGUGAAAAGCUCGAAUUAUGCAAAUCUUGUGAUAGUCUAUCUGUUACUGAGAGGCAACUGAACCUUCAACUUACGGAACAAAAGCGAGUGGUAGCUGAAUUAUGUUCAGAAGUAGAGGAUUUGAACCAGCAGAUUGAAAACUUAAAAUCAGAUAAACAGGAGCUUGAAAAUAAACUAGAGCAGCAGGCAAACGCCCAGCAGGAGCAGAUGAUGGAUUAUCAGAAAACUAUUCAAAAUUAUCUUGAUGAGAAAAGUGAACUAAACUUCCAAAUAACUAACUCAAUGCUUCACAAAAGACAUUUAUCAACCUACUCGGAUGAUUUGGAUUGCAGUGAUAGUAGUAACCUUCAAUCGGAGCUCGCGCCUUUCCAUUUUCAGGCAAACAGUUUAAAUCUUUCUGAUUCCCCUCCAGCUUUGCAAAAGUCUUUAUUGAUAGAAAUGCAAGCUGCUGUGUCUUGUGAUGCUGAAACACAGACCCAAGACAAUUUUAAUGUCACACCUCUUACACCCUUAAAAACAAUUGACAAAUGUAUUCAAGCAGAGUUUGCCUCAAAAGAAUUGGUUGUCCUCAAAGAGGAGAUCCAACAACUUCACUGCACUCUGAAAAAUGAAAAACUGGAAGUGCAAAGGCUACAUGAUGCAUUAUGCCAAGAGCAGAUUGUAAAGCAAGAGCUAGAAAAAGUGAAGGAUGAUGAAGUGAACAAAUUGUCCAAACAAAUCAAAACUCUCCUAGAGAGUAAUGAAGUACCAAAAGGCUCUCUUGAAGUUAGUGAGAGUGAAAAGAUAGACUUAUACAAAUCUCUUGAUAGCCCAUCAGUUACCGAGAGGCAAUUGAACCUUCAACUUAACGAGCAAAACCAAGUGUUAGCUGCAUUAAGUACAGAGAUUGAGAACUUAAAUCAGGAGAAUGGACUCUUAAAAUCAAAUAUAAAGGAGCUUCAAACGAAACUGGAGGUCCAGGGCAAUGUCUAUCAGGAGCAGAGGAUAGAUCACCAGAAAACUAUGGAGAAUCAUCAAUAUGAGAAAAAUGAACAAAGCCCCCAAAUAACAAAGUCUACGCUGAACAAAAGCCUUUCAGCCGGCUUGGAUGAUUUGGAUUGCAAAAGUAGUAGGAAGACCCAAUCAGAACCCGCCCAUUUCAGUCUUCAAGCAAACUGUCAUUUGUCUAAUUCCUCGACCUCUCAGUUGGAAAAAUCUUUACUACCAGAGGUGGAAAUGAAAGCUAUGUCAUGUCAUGCUGAUGCACAGACUCAAGGAGUUUUUAAUGUCCCAUCUCACAUGCCCACAGAAAGAGUUGACAAGAGUAUUCAAGCAGAAGUUGAGAUGUGUCCUGUUGAGACUCAAACCUCUCCUCAUGCUUCUGAAAAAGACUAUAAACUGUGUUUACCAAGAUAUCUUACAAAAUAUUUUUUUCAGAAACUUCCUCCAACAAAUGCCACUGAAGUUGCCAUUAAAUCUCCUGACUUAUCAUUGAGGAUAUUAGACGAGCAAAGCAGUGUGCACAAGAAAUUCUCAUCAGUUUUGCCUCAUAAAUCACGGUGCUUGUGGGUCAUUUUCACCCUUAUCAUCUUUCUUGUCCUACUCGUCAUAUCCACCAUAUUUUGUACAGGAGCAGUUUUGCAAAUUGCUUCUGAUGCUGGCCUGCUGUCUUAUCCAUAUGCAGGCCCAUCUUCUGAUUUUGUGAAACGCAUUAUAAAACCUCUUGUGAAAACCAAUCUCCGACCAAGAAAUGUCCCAGUAUAAUAUAAUCUUCUAUUAUGAUUAGAAAAAAUAAGAAUCUUAAGUUAAGAGUGCCAAGAAUGUUCCAUUUAAGGCAAAUUCUCCAGUGCCAUUUUCUAUAACUUCUCAGUGGUGAUUGGUUUUGUGAUACAUUUAUCUUUUUUGUUUGUUUGAUGUUUCUUUGAUUAGAAUAAGAAUCUCUGUGCUUAUCUCACCAAUGUGAUCAUCUCAAACUAAGUCACUGUUAUUUCUUAGUUUCUAUUAGUAACAAUAAUAUUUUUUUUAGCAGUUUGAACUCAAAGGAGAAUAAAUCAAAUCUUAUCAAUCCAUGGAA